AUGUUGAACAGCAGCCCUCAAACCCCAAAGACUGGGCGAGGCUGCGAGCAGAUUCUUCUUUCUUUAAGCAUCAAAUAUAAUCUAGACCUCCCAAUCGCAGAGCAACGAACACCUGCAAAACAACCUCGAACCAUAGCCGAAAAAUGCGUUUCCGGCCUCACCUAUCUCCAUUUCAAUGGGCGCAGCGAGCGCGUUGUGCAAGAUUUCGAAGAUUGGGCGAAACCAGUUUUAUCAGACUGGAUUCAUAAACCCAACCAGGAGCGUGGAACACUACCCGCGCCUCCCCUGAAGUCCCUUUCGACUUCAUUUAUACAGAGAAGUGUGAUUGAGUGUUCGAAAAACAUAUCUACAGAUCAAAGGAAACAGCUUCUUGUGUAUCUACUAAAACUUAUAGAAGACGAAGUCUGGAUUCUAAAGGAUACCAUUGUUGUAUCCAACUCUUCAAUCCCCUUUCCAGCUUCUAUCGAUGGAUUGGAUUGCCCUAGGACCCAGCGACCAAAUACACCAUUCAAUGAGGCAGAUAAUGAGAAUGGCAAUGAUGAUUCCCCCUCAUCAUCUCCUUCGAAACGAAAAACCGCCAUGAAUAAACAAGAGGUAUUUUUCACCGCCCCCAGUUCUCCUACCUCAAGCACCCCUUCCCUCACCAAUGAUGACCAUGGACUGGACCUACUUCUACCUGUAAUCUCGACUGAUGUGUCCGGUGACAACCAGUAUUCCAUGCAGAGAGGAAAACAGCAAAAAGUCACAAAAUAUUUUUCCAGUCCCCAAAAUUCAUUCAUCCACGUCGCCAAUAAUUCAUUCUCAAAAAAUCUGUAUCCGUCAUUCGUGAAGCAUGGACAACAACCCAGCGUCAGCAAUUAUAUGAAGGUAUCAAAGCCAUCACAAAGCAACGCUAGGAAUGCGAAAGAUGAUCAAGUCAAGACCUUUUCAACAAUCACAACAGGGUUAGAUGGUGCUUCAUUUGAACCUGAGCCUACCACUGCUGCCACCUCAUUUGCUAGUGAUUUCUACAUGAACUCCAACCAACUACCGAGAAAAUCAUUUUAUCAAUUCGAAGAUGACGAGGCAUCGGAAAGCUCAACAGUUGCUUUGCUUCAGAGUGAAGAGUUUCAGCAGCAGUUCAGCAUGCAAUUAUCACCUUCGCAGACCGCACCAGCACCAGAUGCUGUGCCGGACUCUGCAGCUAUUAAAGUGCAAAAUUUCGUCGAUGAAUUGGAAGCAUCCGGCCCCUUUGCAUAUUCCAGAUGUGGAAAAUGGCCUGGAUCUAUACCUCUUCGGUAUCGGUACGAGGUCGAAAGAAUCGCUCAUGCUCAGGGCUCAUAUAUUGAGGAUAUUCUCCCACAUUACCAACUUCCCAGCCAAGAUUACGCAGAAUUCUGGGAGUAUGCCACCAGAGAAGUCUCGAAAGGCAAUCAACUUGAAAAAGCCAAAUCUAGUAUCUGGGAAGCGGCAGCUGGCAAUUUUGAAGAUAACGGUACAAAUGAUGUUGUGACCUUGACUGGUGAGCUGGAGUGGUGUAAGAAAUCCGAGCCUGGAUAUUUGAAAGUCACUCUUAGUCCUCUUCGCUUAGAACGAUCUCAUCGUUUUGCUCGUCGAUUUGGGUCGGAUCGGUUCCUUGAGAUUACAUUUCCAACUCUAGGGAAAAGUCCUGAAUACUUGAAGAACCAGGGGCCAACUGUCCUCCAGAGCAUUGCAACAUGGCUUGCUCAAGCUCCUCAUUAUAUUCUAGGAAGGACUUGGUGUGCGUUUUAUCUUGAAGACAUCAAACCCAAGGGUAAUGCUAAGAAAGGGGGUCCUAGAAGCAAAGUUCACCUCUUUGCUGUGGAUGGGUGCGAUUUCUCUGGUAGAAUAGAAAGACUGCUGUAUGCUUCUUUACCUGGCGAGGUAUCUGAGAAGCAUACUCCAAUGUCAGUUGAAGCCAUGUUCAACUGGCACAUGCCAAUUCAGUCUAAUAAUCACCAGAAAGAUUGCAAACUUUUUCAACGUCUUUCCUUGGGUUUAUCACGGACUAUACCAACUGUGACCCUGCAGCCCAAUCAAAUUAUAAGGCUAGAAGAUACUGAACCAGUAAUGAAUGAUGGAUGUGCACUCAUGUCACCACGCCUUGCCAUCCUCAUCAAAGAAAUGCUGGGAUUACAAGACGAGAACCCCUCUUGUUUUCAAGGAAGAAUUGCGGGUGCAAAGGGUAUUUGGAUGGUUGAUUCACCCGCGUCAACACUUCACUCUAACGAUGAUAUUUGGAUACAGAUCAGUGACUCACAAAGAAAGAUCUUCCCACACCCAGCUGGUUCUAAUGUCUAUGAUGACCACCAACGCACUUUUGAAGUUGUGUCAUGGUCCAGACCGCUUAGGCCCGUAAAUCUGAAUGUCCAGCUCUUAAUGGUGUUACAGCAUGGCGGAGUCCAUAGAGACCGCCUUCGAGAGCUCAUCAGGCGAGAAGUUGACGAUUGGUAUAAUGAAUUCAAGCGCAUCUUACCUAGUGGAGUAGCCUCUCGUGCUUGGGUCCAAAGGCAAGGCCCAAGCGAUAAACGGAAAACGCGGCGGGUCGAAGACUUCCCAACUGAGUCAUCAGAACAAGCAAUUUUACUCCUUGAUAGUGGCUUUCAACCUUUUAAGCUACCUUUCUUGAUGGAGCUUUUGACGAUGUUUCUCAAGGAUUACUGUACACUUCUUGAUAGCCUAAAAAUCAAGAUUCCAGAAUCCACUUAUGCAUAUUGCAUAGCAGACCCUUAUCAAACAUUAGAAGAAGAUGAAGUUCAUUUUGGAUUUUCAAAGCCAUGGGAAUCUUCAGGAUAUACUGAUCUGGAUGGCCUAGAGGUUCUAUUAGGUCGGAACCCAGCUCAUCUUCCCACGGAUAUUCAAAAAAGAAAGGUCGCUUUCAAGAAAGAACUGCGACAUUUCAAAGAUAUUAUUGUUUUUCCAACCAAAGGUAAAAUACCACUGGCUGGAAUGCUCUCUGGGGGCGACUAUGAUGGUGACCAGGUGUGGGUUUGCUGGGAUCAACAAUUUGUUGAUGCCUUCACAAAUACCACAUUUGACCCUGAGGAUGUUCCCCCACCGAAAGAAUUCGGUCUAAUAGACCAUUCCGAAAAGCUCAAAGAUCCGUUCAAUUUUGACAAGUUUUUGACAAAGGUAUUCAUUUUCAACGCUACGCCAUCAUUACUUGGACACUGCACUAAUGAGCAUGAAAAGUUGUGCUAUUAUGAAAAUAGCAUUGCUUCAUAUGGAGCUCUCAGACUCUCUCACCUUCUUGGUCACCUGGCUGAUGUGAGAAAAACGGGCUACGAGUUAAAACGUGAUACGUGGAUGAAGGAAUGGGGUCGCGUGAGCGGCAGGAUUGGACCCAAUGCUCAACGCAAGCCUGCAUAUAAGCAGACAGGGGCUGACAUUGACGGGUACUAUCAACCUCAAAAUGUUAUUGACUUUUUGAAAUUUGAAAUCGUCAAGGGGGAAACUGAAAGGAUCUUAACGGACUUUGACCGGUUUUGCAAAGCUAAUCGUGAGAUUCGAAAAGAUACUGACUUGGCUGCACUAUGGAAUGAAAUUUGGGAUCGUGCCAUAUCUGAGCGCGAUGUGGCCCACGAUCACACUUUGCUGAACAAUAUUCUGAAAAUAAAGAGUGAGGUUGAAACUGCUUGCAAGGAUCGGCCAUCCAGGAACUGUGGGAAACCUUACUCUGCCAUCAUUGCUAUAACUGCGGAUCUGUUACAAAAGAUCGAGCCGCCGGAGUUCGAGCACUCUUUAAGCUACACCUGGAAAAACUGGGGGUCAUCGUGGCAAGCCUUUCUUGCUUCCUGUGCAUAUGCACUUCGGCCCGAUAGUCAUUUCCCAUGGCUUGCUGCGGGGCCAACGCUCUGCAAAAUGAAAGCUGAGGCCGUCGGACAAUAUCGCAUGGUAACGAUGCCCAUCUAUCAGACUUAUCGCAUCAAUCCACGGGCUGCCAAGAAAGUGCAAGAGGCUGCCGAAGGUGGUAAUGAAGCCAUGGAGACAUUAUUAUCACAAUUGGUAGAGGAUGACGCGUACCUCGACGCCCUUGGGGAGGAAGGCGUCGAUGACGAUUUUGAUGAUUGGAAAUCCUUCGCGUCCUGA